GACUAAACAAAAAUACCCUGCCUUAGAAUACAAGUAUGUAUGCCUGGAAGUAUUAGUCCCUGACACCUGUGUAUAAGUUAGGUCUGCAGGUUUCCUCUGUGUCAGGAAAUACAUGAAUCAGGGGAGGGUCACGUGGUCAUAAACAUGGCUUCCUAAGCAGUUGCCUCAGGCGAGCGGGCAUGGUAGACUAGGCUUGAUAAAUUUGCCUUUACAAGCAGGUAAACUGCCUUUAAAGGCCAGGCUGAUAACAGUUUACAUUCGGACACACCCAGACACUGGGGGCACUGGUCCCGUGGGAGCCACGGAUAACCGACCUCCAACUCCAUCCACCAGCUGGGACUCUGCCCCCAGUAGUGCUACGCUCUGAGCAAGAAUCCCUGCCAGCCAGGGACCCUGCUUCUGCAGAAUCUGACCACAGCUUCUCAGAGCCCAGAGUGGAUCUAGCCCCAAGAAGGUGGGAUACAGAGGGAUCUCAGGUGAGAACGACUCAGGUCUCAUUCCAGAACUGGCCAUAGAGCAGCAAUUGGAGCCCUGUACGCUUCAGGACCCCAGGGCCCCUUCCUCCUCGCUGGGCAUGGCAGCCUCUUGACCUUUGCUCAUCUGCAGUUUAUGCCACUUUGGGCCCGAGAAGCUGCAGAAAGGGAGGCUGGGGCAUGGCUCUGGAGUGCCACUCACUGGCUGGCAGUGAGGAGCCAGGAGACUGGCAUUCCCAGCACCAAAGUCCUAUUGAUCUUUGCCCUUGCCCCUCCCUGGGAGCCUUGGCCCUCCUCCUGCCUUUAUUUCUUCUCUGCUGGCCUUUCCUGUUCUCUGUCUCCUCACUUCCCUCCGUGGCCCUGCUCUGAACUGGCGUUUUUUUCCAACUCCUUGCCUAGGCCAAUCCUUCCAUGCUGUCUUCAAGCCCUGCUUCCUGCACAUCUCCCAUGCCAGACGGGGAGAACCCAUGUAAGAAGGUCCACUGGGCUUCUGGGAGGAGGAGGACAUCAUCCACAGACUCAGAGUCCAAGUCCCACCCGGACUCCUCCAAGAUACCCAGGUCCCGGAGACCCAGCCGCCUGACAGUGAAGUAUGACAGGGGCCAGCUCCAGCGCUGGCUGGAGAUGGAGCAAUGGGUGGAUGCUCAGGUUCAGGAACUCUUCCAGGUGGACACUCUUGCUCUGUCACCCAGGCUGGAGUGCAGUGGUGCGCUCCACUCUUUACAACCUCUGCCUCCUGGGUUCAAUCAAUUCUCCUGCCUCAGCUCCUGGAGUAGCUGGGAUUACGGGAUCAAGCAACCCCUUCUGAGCCUGAGAUUGACCUGGAGGCUCUCAUGGAUCUAUCCACAGAGGAGCAGAAGACUCAGCUGGAGGCCAUUCUUGGGAACUGCCCUCGCCCCACAGAGGCUUUUAUCUCUGAGCUGCUCAGUCAACUCAAGAAACUCCGGAGACUCAGCCGGCCUCAGAAAUAAGCCUGAAAGACCAUCUUUAGCAGCCUCAGCACUGCCAGGCCUGCCCUGAAACUCCAGAUCCUGGCUAAGAGGGAAAUAGCUCCUAGGGACACAAACCAGAAAUGUGAACAAGGAGGGACAUUUGUAUACUCCUACUGUCUGUGCGGUCACAACUAGUUUCUGUCAGCUGGGCUCUCUGGGAGAAAGCUGGCUGUUGUCUAAUGCCUUCCUUGGCAGCCAAGUGGAUAAAAC